AUGCUAUUGGUCACAGUUGUUCAGUAUUUCACACCACAAUUAAAGUUCACAGUGCAACUAUAUCAAAAAUAGAUGUAAUAACAGUCAAAUGAAACAUAGGUCUGACCUAAUUGUUUACAUACAUUGAUAGGAACCCCAUAUUUGGAUUGUCUGUUUUGAAAACUUUGCAUUCUCGACCGGGCCUCCUGAUUGGGCCAGGUGAAUCCAAACUUCUGCUUCCGGUAAGCCGUAAAGUGUCGUAAAAAAAAAAAGGGAAAGUGAUUGCCAUGGCAAUUGUACAACACACACCGGGAAAUGGAGUCAAACACAAGUGAUCAUUUUCAAAAGCCGGUGAGCUCCUUUAAGGACUACGAAGAAUAUUUGGACUCCAAGGUGACGCCGAUGGAUUUGCUUUUUCUCACGAGAAAGGAGUCCGCUCGCAAGCUGGUGGAGCACGGACACAAGGGCACUGUGCUGAGUCGGCAGGAAUUUGAGCAACGCAAAGCGGCAUCGGCAUCGGCGACCCGCGACCACCGGAAGCGGACCACGACACUGGCGAGCUCGGGAUGUGACAUCCGGGACAACUUCCUGAAGGAGCUAGCCCAGCGCGAGGAAGCCAACCGCGCUGGGAAAAUGACGUCGCUGAUCUUCAUCCGAGACGUCAACGCUGCGGGGCAGGAAGUGUCUGGCUAUAUCGACUACGCCCACAGACUGCAGAUGCAGGACUUUGCUCCGUAUUUCAGCGGCAGAAAGAAGCUGGUGCCAGGACCCCGGGAUUUAUGUUACUACAAUUGGAGCACUCAGGCGACGGCUUCCACGUCCAGCUCCAACUACGACGUCGUUUACGACCGACCCCGCGCGCUUCUCUUCAAGAGGAAGACGGACGGCGGCGUCCUCGACGUGGACCCGCGGGUCCGUCCUGGCCGAGGCGUGCGGAGGAGCGCCGUGCAGUCGGACCUUUAUGAGCAUGUUGUCAUCCUGGACCACGACAGCACACGCGCCAGAGUAUAAUUUGACGAGUAAGAAAGGAAAAGGUCGGACAUGCGGGCGGGCGGGCCGACGUAUCUCGCUUGCCAUCAGGGCGGAGGCACGGCAACAUUCCCUUUUUAACUCGCAUAUCACCGUAAUCGUCAACAAUGUUACUUCCACAAUGUCAGAAGUUAGCAUCAGCCAGACUCGCCUUUCAUCUUUUCGCCCCCUUUUUUAGCGCAAUUGGACUAUUUUAGUCCACAAUCAGACCCCGCAGAGUUGAGUUGGAUGUUUUACAGCCAGUCAUCAAAGCUUCCCCCGCGCCGCCUCGCUCACACGCAACGAUGACAAAUGUUUUGUUUUGCUUUUUGUCGGCGGGGGAGAUGAUUUUGUGUCAUUUAGCUAGCUACGAUACCGCCUUUGAAUUUAGUAGCAAUCUUUUGGGACAUUUGCGGCUUUGCGAGGAUAAACUGUUCAGAUAAUGGAGGGAUGGAGAUUCU